GGUUAUCAUCAUUUCUCCAACAAUCCUACCUCCGCAACUCCSCAAGUUCUAAGGUUCCGAUUGUCAUCGUAUUUACGUGUUUUCUUCGUGCGUAGGAAUUGCCCACUGCUCGUGGUUAUUUUGUGUUCAUCUUCAGCUAUAGUCACGAUAUUAAAAUAAUUUUGUGGAAAUCGUUAUACAAUAAUUAGUUUAAGUUUUGUCACCACCUUACAUAUAUCAUAUUAAUAUAUUAUCUAAUUUUUCAAUUAMUAAUCACCGUCGUUCUAACUUUUUGAAGUUUACGAAUUCCGUUUCGUUUUUCAAAACGCUUUAGUUGUUUUUAUUGUUAAAUUUCUUAGUAGUGUGUAGCUCAAUUUUUCUGUUACUCUUUCAAGUCAUCGGAGGAAGUAGGCUUAUUUCAUCUAAUCAACCAUGUCUGAAGGCGAAGCUGGAACGGAUAGUGAAACUAGACCAAAGGGCGUUGAAGCUCUAAAACAACACGUUAUCUCACAUAAAGUUGAAGUAUCUCUUUGGUGCACAAGAUUGGCAACAAUCAUUUUUACCUUUGCAUACAUCCUGCCACUUUUCUGGAACCCGGCAAGUGCAUACUAUAGAAUUUUAUUGGCAAAUGCAGCUACAAGUGCAUUACGUCUUCACCAACGUUUGCCAGCUAUGCAAAUUUCUUUACAGUUCCUGACACAAUUAUUCAAAGAAGACAGCUGUCAUUACCUAUUGUACUCGGUGAUAUUUUUAUAUGUGUCGCCUAAUAUCCUUGUAAUCCUGCCAGUAUUUUUAUUUUCAACUGUGCACUUUGCAAGCUAUUCCYUAACUUUACUUGAUCUUCUUGGUCAAAACGCAUGGUGGGGUGCUCGGCUAUUGAUAUCUUUGGUUGAGUUCCAAUCGCGAAGUAUCUUGCGCCUUAUUGCCUUCUCUGAAAUCUUAGUUAUGCCACUGACAUUAUUCAUGUCAUUUUUUGGCCGCUCUGGAUUGUUGUCUAUUGUGUUCUACUAUCAUUUYCUCACAUUACGAUAUGCUUCACAACGUAAUCCACACACAAGACUCAUGUUUUCUGAUCUUCGUGUAGCAGCUGAAAAUUUUGCWAACAAAUCAGGCACACCAUCUUUUUUGCGAUCUGCUAUUUUAUCGGGUAUCGCUACCAUUAGUCGGAUGGCUCCCGCAGUGCCACAAAAUUAAUAAUCUAUGACUUAUUCAUUGUCAUAUUUUUAUUUAAAUGCAUGUUGGUGGGAUUUUUCUAACACAUGUUUCAUUAGACUUAGAGAUAUAGGAUGCCAUUUGGAUACACAUACCAAAUGUAUGAGAAAUAUUGCUUGGAUUUUUAUGUUUAUUUAUUAUUAUUGUUUUAUUUUAUUUGGUUCCGGUUCUUCAAUAUAAAAUAAAAUAAAUAUUCAUAUUGUAUUUUAGUAUUUACUGAUUAUAUACAAUCAUCUGUGUUUAUAGUAUUUUAAUUGUAAUUUAAAGUAUUUCUAUAUAUUUUWAUUUUAAAUAU